GGCUGUGCGCAUGCGCGUUCUCCGUGCGUGGUGAAUCGAUGCACGUUUCAAAGCUUCGAUACUGAAACCAAACGCAGGAAACGCGAUGGAGCUGAGGGAGGAACGUGCACAGAUGGAGUGCUCGGCAUCAUCGUCAUUUCAGCCAAGGAGACCUGAUCAAGUCCUGGACAGGCCCAAAGACAGAGUUCAGAAUUUGGAGGAACUUAAGCAACAAACCAGAACUCGCUAUAGAGACAAAACAUGGAAGAAUGCCAAGAACAAGAGGGACAAGUCUGAAGGUGCGCACGAGUCUGAAGGCGUACACGAGUCAGUGGCUGUUAGAAGACAGAGUGGAGGUGAGUGGCAGAGUACUGCGCGAAUGCUCAGAACCACGCAGGACCAGAUUCAUGAUGUUGCCGCUAACGGUCAGCAAAACUCAAGUAGUGUGGAGGUGAUCACGCCAGAGACGGUCUCAACGGUGGUGCAGCAGCAGGAUUUGGCAUCGUCUCGUGAAGACGAAAGCUGGGACACAUUGUUCAACGAUGAUGGUGAAUGUCUGGAUCCACACCUGCUGGAAGAGCUGGCCCUGAAAGAUGGGCAACAGAAAGAGUCGAUCCAGGAGCCCAGGUUUGAUUACUACACCAUGGACCCAGGUGAAGAUGACGACCUGAACCUCAGAGAGGAUGAAUUGUCUCACAUUAUCGAGAUCUAUGACUUUCCUUCUGAGUUUAAGACUGAAGAUCUCCUCAAGUUGUUUCAGUCCUACCAACGGAGGGGAUUUGACAUUAAGUGGAUUGACGACACUCACGUUCUGGGUCUGUUCUCUAGCCCGAUGGCAGCUCGUGAAGUGCUGAGAUCCAAACAUCCACUACUGAAGGUGCGGCCUCUCUCCAAAUCCCCUUCAGCCACCAGGACCAAGGCUCGAAGUUGCACUGACUACCUCCUGCCCACUAAGGACAGACCUCAGACCAGUGCGGUGCUUGCUCGGAAGCUUGUGGUCGGAGCCCUCGGCAUCAAGAGCAACCAGACGAAGGAGCAGCGUGAAGCGGAGAGGAGGAAACUCCACGAGGCCAGAGAGCAAAAAGCGACUGGCAGCCAAACAGAGAGAAGAUGCCUGGGAGGGGAAGUGAACCACCACCUUUCUGAACUUUGAAAGACUUAGUGUUUUUAUUAUGUUUUAAAAUCACUGCUGAACACUCACUGUUGGUUUGCAGCUAAUCAGUUCUGGUUUUUUGUGGUUCUGGUUCUGUGCCGGAGCUGCAUCAUCUUCUCCAUGAAGACAAAGACGCUGAUCACCUUUGAACUGAUGGAAGCUUAAAAUCUGCUGUCAUUUUCAUCGGUUCUGUGUGCUUUGAUAACAGCUGACUGAAAAAAUGAAAUGUUUUAAGAGUGGCACCAUCUAAACAAGGUCAAAGGUCAAGACAUCAGCUGCAGAAGUGAACUUUUGAUGGUUUAUCGGUUUCUUGAUCCACUCGCAGGCAUAAGAAGCUUCCUGUUCAUGGAGGCAUCGGUCACUAAUUAACUGGAAAUGAUGUGAGUCAUGUGACUAGAUUCAGCAACAGGUGCUUUGGUCCAGACGGCGGCUCCUCAGCGUCACAGCUUUCCAGAAUUGAGAGUGAAUUUAAUCCUCAUUAUUGAUGUCAGUGUUGACAGAAAUUCAAGGGCUUUCCGUGAAGUGUAUUUUGUUAUCAAUAUAUUAAUAAUGAUGGACCUUUAUUGUGCAUGUAGAGUUGUGUUCAGAAUAAUAUUAGUGUGUUUAGAAAAGCACGUAAAGCUUAAAAUCCUUAUAAUAGCUUUUAUUUCCAUACACACAAAUGUGUUGUGAACACUCCACAUUCUAUUGCAAAUGAAAACAUGAAGACAAAUUAUCAAAUUCAUUUUACUUUACAGAAAUUGACAAAGAAAUAUUCGGCUGUUCAACAAUAUCUCUAUUUUUCUUUACCAACUCCAAUAUUUACUGUAUAAAGAGAAAAAUGCUUGAAGAUCUCUUUCCUGUGAUGACUGAACUAAUAUCACACACUCUCACGAGCGCCACUAGCUUAGCUUAUGACGAGCUAAAAGUGGACGCUCUCGUUAUGGCCGAACUGUCCAGUUUCUGGUAUUCUGUGUCAGUACGCUCCCGCAGCGGAUGUGCUUGAUGAAUUCCUCGCGCAAAAAGUAGUUCCCAGAUAAUUGUGAUAU